AUGGAUAGCCCCCCCAAACUGACAGGAGAAACGCUGAUAGUUCACCAUAUUCCCCUGGUACAUUGUCAGGUCCCGGACCGGCAGUGCAGCAGCACCAGCCAGCGGACCAAUCCUUUCUUUCCCUCUGACCUGGGGGUCGGGCGGACCAGUUCGCUCCCUGAGAGGACCCUCCUGCAGGCAGACUCGCUGGUCUACAACCGUCUCCUCAGGGCGUCAGACGAGGCUCCAGAAGAGGGGCCAGUGGGUGGGCAGAGCCCUUCCCCCAUGCUGGCUGCCCCCGCAGCCCCUCAGCGGCAGAAUCCCUUCCUGCUGAGAGACGAGGCCUGGGAUCUCUGCGAGGAUGACCCAGGGCAGAAGUCCUUCCACCUGCAUGUUGGCCGGUCUGCCUUCCGCCUGCAUGAGCCGGCACUGCCUCCCUUCCAUCUGCAUGGCAGUAGCCCUGUGGUGAGGCCCUGGUGUGGCAGCCACCGGGUGGACGUGGUGGAAGGCCACGCUGACCUACCGGCCGACGACGAGACACAGGACAAGGGCCACUUGGCAACAGAAUGCAUGGAGCUGGACGAGUACAGCUGCCACCGUGGGGACCCCUCCAGCCUCUCCCUGGAGCAGGAGUGGGCUAGCGAGUCGGACGACCUGAUGAACAACCCGGAGGCCAUCCGCAGCCGGACAUGUAGCUGCUCCAACUCUGAACUGCAGCGCUGCCGGUGCUACAGCCUCUCGAGCCAGUCGGAGCCCCUGGACCAGCAGAUGGGCUACAUCAGUGACUCCUCCUGCAACAGUUCCGAUGGUGUCCUGGUCAACUUCAGCACCCUCUACCAGAGGCGGAAUGGUCACCCUCACACCAACCUGAACUCGGGUCCCUUGUCCUGUGACUCCUCUUCGGGCAGCCAGUCAGACAUGGCCGCUUUUUACCUUGACCUGCACUCCUCAUCGCAGGAGUCGAAGAUGCCUGGAGAGCUGCAGGAUCUGGAGGGGCCAGGGAAGGCCUGCGGGUGCCACCAUCCCUCUUCUCCAGUCCUGGAUGCCAACUGCAACUCCUACCCACCACUCUGCGAUCCGUGCCCAUCCGAUGGCUCUGACCUGACUGCGUGCUUCCAAAGCCAGGCACGGCUUGUGGUGGCCACCCAGAACUACUACAAGCUGGUGACGUGCGACUUGUCCUCCCAAUCUUCCCCCAGCCCUCCUGGCUCCUCCAUCACCAGCUGCUCCGAGGAGCAGGCCAGGGGGAGCCCCCUCCAACCCACCGAGUAUUACCUCUUCCAGAGACCCGGGGAGAGCGACACGGAGGAGUCCCGGGAUGAGUCACAGGAGGAGUCGGAGAAGAACGCCAUCGAAGGACAGGUCUACAUCAAUGUCUCCCCACCCAGCCUUGUCGGAGGCAGGCAGCGCUCACGAAGCUAUGAUCGCCACCUGGACCGCAGCCCCUCCACCCGUCUGGGCUCCCUGGAGCGCAUGCUGAGCUGUCCGGUCAAGCUGAGCGACAGCCCCUCCUUGACCCUCCAGAGCUCCCCUCCCAAGCGCGUUACCUCCUUUGCAGAGCUGGCCAAGGGCCGGAAGAAGAAUGGCUCCUCACCACCCAUUCGGACCAGCCGGGACUCAUCCCUGGAGUUCUCAUCCAUCCCCGAGGGCCAGAGGGACAGCUCCGUCUUUCUAGAGAGUCAGGAGCGGCACAGCCAGAGCCUCCCGCCCCUGCCGUUGGCAUGCUCUGAAGGUGAAAAUGCCAGAAAAGGCUCCAGGGAGGUGCCCACCUCUGGGCAGGAGGGGGGCGAACAGCUCUUUUUCUCCGCAGUGUCAGAGACGGGAGCUGUUGGCAGCAGCAUUUUUGGCCAGAAGGACAUUCGAGCCCGAGCUGAUGGUGGCGCAGCGGAUGGCAAAGUGGUGCGCUACAGCAAGGACCAGCGCCCCACCACGUUGCCCAUCCAGCCCUUCGUCUUCCAGCACCACUUUCCCAAGACGGCGAAGGGCCGGGCCCUGCACAGCCAUUUGGCCUCCAGCCUCUCCCAGCUCUACGGCCUCUCGGCCACCACCGCCACUCGCUCAGCCAGCCGACCCCUCUCCUCUGCUUCCCAGUCCUCCACCUCCACCGAGGGGCCUGUGGGGCAAGGCCAGCGUUCUGCUGAUGGGGCGGCUUCUUUGGGCGACGGCCAUGCCAAGAGAGGGCCGGGGCCGGAGACCACCCGCCUUUCCCCGCUGGGCAGUUACUCUCCGGUGCGCAACAACGUGCCUUUCUUCCAAAGCGGGGAGUCCUCCUGCUCGCCCACCCCAGAGACGCAGCCCCCCCGCAGCAAGUCCUGCCCCGUCUCUGCCAAUCUCCUGCCUAGCACCAAAGCUUCCCCAGAUGCUGGCAGCUGUGCCACCCAGAGGGGUGCCGGGGCUGGUGUCCUGCACAAGCAGAGUGAGAGCUCCUCACCAGUGGCCAAGAAGGAGGAACCCCCAGGCCCCCCUGCACCACUGGCCAAGGACCGGCUCCCCGGUGGCUCCCUCUUGCCGUUGUUAUCCGGUGGCUGGAGCCUGGCCAGAACAGAGAGCCACAGUGAACCCCAAUGGAAGAUAGAGUGCAGUGAGGCUGCCAGCUUCAGCUCCUUGGGUGUUGGCGUCCCUCGGCCUCUCAAUGCCAACCAUCUCUCUCUGCAAGCCCUGAAGUGGCGGGAGUACCGGCGGAGGAACCCCUUGGGGCUGGACCGCGUUUCGGACCUGGCAGGGCUGACUGGCCACCUGGACUGGAAGCAGCCGGAGAGCAAGCUGCCCUGGAGAAACCCCCUGCUGGAGAUGCCGGCUGGCCGCCCUGGAUCCAGACUCCACGGGCCGGCAGUGAAACAGCCACAGCACAGCUGCCCCGACUUCUUCCCCGACUAUUUCUCAUUGGCCGAAAAACCACCAGCUGAGUUUUGCCUGUCCCCGGACAGCAACGCCGAGUCUGUCUCCAUCGAUCUGUUGCAGAAGAAGGGUCUUGUCAAAGCAAUCAAUGUGUCCGUGGACCUCAUUGUGGCCCAUUUUGGGACCAGCCGGGAUCCUGGAGUGAAGGCCAAACUGGGGAACAGCUCGGUGAGCCCCAACGUGGGGCAUCUCGUCUUGAAGUACCUGUGUCCAGCCAUCCGGGAUGUCCUGAGUGAUGGCCUCAAGGCCUACGUGCUGGACGUGAUCGUUGGCCAGAGGCGGAACGUCCCCUGGAGCAUCGUGGAGGCCUCCACCCAGCUUGGACCCUCGACGAAAAUCCUGCACAGCCUCUACAGCCGUGUCAACCAGUACCCGGAGCUCACCAGCCACAGCAUGCGCUUCAACGCCUUCAUCUUCGGCCUCCUCAACAUCCGGUCCCUGGAGUUCUGGUUCAACCACCUCUACAACCACGAGGAUGUGCUGCAGGCGCACUACCAGCCGACAGGCUUCCUGCCUCUCGCGCACGGGGCCUGCCAGGGCCUCUUCGAGGAGCUCCUGCUGCUGCUCCAGCCGCUCUCCCUGCUGCCCUUUGGCCUGGACCUGCUCUUCGAGCACCACCUGCUGCAGGUGGGCAGGUGGCAGCAGCAGCAGAAAGAGCUCCUGCGAGGCCAGCAGGGCCUGCUGCUCUCUGCCCACUCUACCCUACAGCUCAUGCACACCCGUGGCACCCAGCGGGCUGGCGAGGGCUCCCGGGGCCCGCCCCCCCUGGAGAGAGCAGCGGAGCUGGCCAAGGGGGGCCCGGAGCUGAAGAAGGACAGGCAGGCCAGCUGGUGGCUGCAGCUCACCCAGAGCUCCCAGGUCUACAUCCAGGACUCUCCGGAGGGCGCCCGCCUCGCCCACCACGAGCGCAAGAAGAGGGCGGGGGCCAGGCCGGCAGAGGCUGGGAGGGGCCCUCCCCCGAGGGAGGGGGUGGUGGAGGGGGCAGAGGCCUGCCCACCCACAGAAGAAGCCAAGGAGAAGGGCCGGCCCUUCUGGAUGGGCAGCCCCCCGGAUGCAGUGUUGGCAGAGCUGAAGCACAGCAGGGAGCAGGACCAGGCAACUGCCCUGGGGAAGGAGCAGCACGCCGCCCACGUCCCCAGCAGCGGUCAGCCCAAGUGGGCGCACCUCUUUGGUUCCCGCCAGGCGCCCAAGGAGCCCAAACAGGCCAACAGGCUGCCCUCCGGCUGGCUGAGCUUGGACCGCUCCGUCUUCCAGCUGAUGGCCCAGACAGUGGGCGCAAGCGUGUGGCGAGAGACCGAGACGGCGCCCAAGCAGCUGCCCACAGCCAAGGGGCAGCCGUUGGAUGUGAGGGCAUCCCCUGGUGCCCCAUGGGCGGUGAAGGCGCUUUGCCACCACAUUGCCACCGAGGCCGGGCAGCUGAGCUUCAAGAAGGGAGAUGUCCUGCGGGUGCUGGGCAGGGUGGACGCCGACUGGCUCCGCUGCAGCCGCAGGGAGGGAGCCGAGAGCGGGCUGGUGCCAAUCAUGUACGUCACCCACCUGGAGGAUGCCGAUUAUUGA